AUGUCGUCGUCCAGUGAAAUUUAUCGCUAUUACUACAAAACCUCUGAGGACCUGCAAGGCUUUAAGGGUGCUUCGACUGAAGCGUAUUUCAAUCCCAUGGCUGCCUACAAUCCCGGUGUUAGCCACUAUCAGUUCAAUUGCAAUUCGCUGGCCAGCUCAAGUAAUUAUUUAUCGGCCAAUGGUUUCAUUAGCUUCGAGCAGGCCAGCUCCGAUGGCUGGAUUACUUCGUCACCGGCCAGUCAUCGAUCGGAGAGUCCUGAGUAUGUGGAUCUCAAUACAAUCUACAACAACGGUUGCCAAUUGGAGCAGCAAUAUGGUUUGACAAUGCCAGUGGCCAGCCAACCAACACCAGUAACAGCAGCAGCACCAGCACCACCGCAACCACCACCACCAGUCGAGUUGAUGGGUUCGCCAAAUGUGGGAACAUGUAAAACCAUUCACUCAUCUCCGACAGCGCCAGCACAAGCAUCGGGAGUCCCGGUAACAAAACCCAAGCGAACUUACACUAAGAGAAAUCAAGCCACUGCCGCCAAUACCUCCAAUACUUCCUCCAACACCUCGUCCAACUCCAACUCUAAUGUCUCUGUCAAUUUGUAUGCCGAUGAGUUCCAGAAUUUCGAUUUUGACAACACGGCCCUCUUCGAUGAUAGCGUGGAUGACGAUGAUGAGGAUGAGGACAUGAUGCUCUUUGGCAGUGGCGGCGAAGACUUCGAUCUGGCCGAUGGCAAUGACAGCGAAGACGGAGCCGCCAAUGGAGCCGCAGGAGCUGGAGCUGGCAAGAAGCGUCGCAGUAAGCAAAUCUCGCCAGUGGUUAAGCGAAAGCGCCGUCUUGCCGCCAACGCCCGAGAACGUCGUCGUAUGCAGAAUCUGAACCAGGCUUUCGAUCGUCUCCGUCAAUAUUUGCCCUGCCUGGGCAACGAUCGCCAAUUGUCCAAGCAUGAGACACUCCAAAUGGCCCAGACCUAUAUAUCCGCACUGGGCGACCUGCUGCGAUAAAGCUAAAGUCGACAAAUUUCUUUGUCCAAAUUUGCCAAAUGUUGUACCUUGAUCCCCUCCACUUCAAUUCCACCGCCCCUUCUCUAAUGUGUGUAUAUAGUUACAAUUACCGUCUAAGUAUUAUGAUGUUUUAGUUAAUUUAGCUUAAA